AUGUCAGAGUUUGCCUUGCACAACGGAUCACGCGCCAAUGGUACCAAGCAAGUCGCUUUCGAUUACAAAUGCCAGGUCAUUCCAGAAGGCGACUGCGCAGAGCUACGCAAACUGCUCAGCCUCUGCCCGCCCCCUUGUUUCAGAGCACAGAGCGCACCGAUCGCUGGUCCAACAGCGCGUCCAGGCAGCUGGAUUGGUCGCGCCAUCUCUCCGCAGCUUGGUCGCGCCAAAUCGCCACAAGCCUCAAAGAAGCCAAGUGGUCUCGGCCAUGCUCCGUCUACCAACACAUCCACAUCCUGGAGGACACGCUUGGCUAGUUGGGGCAGCAACACCGACACGAGUCCACAUGUUAGCAACGUAGCCACUGCACCCUCGUCACCUACUCGCAGUGCGGGGCUUCGCCUGGUAGCGCCCGUUCCAGCCAGAGGCGCAGCAACUCGCAUGAUCCCAUCCAUCGACGACCAAGAAGAGUGCGUCGAAGCUUCUCCUUCCAAUGAAAGCGUCGAUUUUGACGAUAUCAACGCAGAGUUCCAGAAUGCAGCAUUCAGAGUUGCCAUGAACCAACAUCUUCUCCAAGUCGAAUCACUGCGAGCUGCCAGCCCAGCUUUCCUACCAACACGAACCCCUAGUCCCUUGGCACCAUACAAGAGCAUCAACAACCCGAAGAACCAGGCAAAUGAUCGCUCGAACCCUUGCAAUCGACCCAGGAGCUGCUUGGUCGUCCGAUCCAAGACUCCGCAAGCACCAGGACCACCACCAUUGACAUGCGAUGGCAUGACAGCGCUUCGAGCAACACGCUCCAACGAUCGAGAUGUCUGCUUGACGCGACGCAGGAGAGCCCAAGGUGUCCCCGUCAUCUGCCCUUCUCGCCUCAGUUCGCCCGGAAAGGAGCGAGGCCGGAAUGGAUGGGAAGAAGAUCAGAUCGGAAAGAGUCAUAAGCCAGCGGUAGCUGCUGCUGCGCCAACUGGGAAGCAGUCCAAGCUGUCACGCUGGAGGCGCUUCCGUCGAGCUGCGUCCGAGGAAGCUCAUCACGUCGAGCCAAGCAGCUCUCGACAUACUUUGAUCGAUGCACGCAUGGACCAAGCUGCCAUCAGGCGCGAGAUCCAGGCAGGACGUUGGCCGUUUGAAGCUCCAUUGAAUGCCGAGUGCAGUUGCAAGAACUGUCAAGGCAAGAUCGAAGUGGGAUUGUCAUCCGACUACGAACCCAAAUGGACACGAGCUGCACGCAUUCGAUGGCUUGAAGCGCAGGAGGAUAUGGCAGCAAAGUCUCGUGCCGGAAUUUUGAACGUUGCUUCCUCAACGAGCCGUACGGCAAUCCAGGCUGACGAGGUGGCUCAACUGCACAACGAGACGGUGCAUCCCAUGACAGCAGCCGAGUUGGCAGCAGAGCCCACCUCACCGGUCUCAGAACAAGGCGAGGCUGGUGCCAGCUGCACAGCAUAUGCGCUUGCGACGGCUGCAGUUACCACCAAGCCACCCAAUCCUACUGGGCUCGAAGAAGGUGACGAGACAUUGCGAACAGAGAUCCUCGCACGUCGACAAAAGAUGGCUAGACAGAAUCGCGUGCCUCGACAUGGAGCCCGGAGCAUGAUGCGUCAAAUAGAAGAGGCGGAGCGCAGAGAGAAGGAAGCAGCACAGCAAAGGCCACAGAGUCGAGGCUUGCAACUGUCAUGUAUGAAUGUGCAUGGAAGCGCAACAGGGCCUCGACGCUCUUGCUCUGCAUCGCCAUCUUUGCCGUCAAGGCGCGAUUCGGUCUCGACCAAUACCACGCCACAGGAACGACAAACAGCCGAUGGUCAGACGGCGAAUGCGUCUUAUUUCGCGCUGAAUGCACCACCGGAGCGAGUGCGGUCGCCGUUGAUUCCGGCUGAUGCGGCUGGCAGCAAACUUGGUCAAGCGAGGCCCGUUGCUACCGUUGCAACCGACUCGACGGCACUUUGUCUGGCCAGCGUAGCAAAGACAUUGCAAGUUUUAACCUCGCCUGCUGGUUCGCCUGCCUCUAGCUCGCCGUCGGGAAGCCCAGAGUCGGAAAGGCGAUAG